AUAUUUUAUCAAAGUUUAAUUUUCAUUUUAAACAAUGAAGGCUCAAAGUAAAAAGUACUUUGACAAAAUAAUCAUAACUCAAUGUCCAUUUUCUGCCUUAUAUCCCAACGUCUUCAGUUUCAGCUUCAACUUUGUAGGAAAUUUGGCAUUAAACACAUAGGUCACAAUGAACAACAGUGAGGUCAAAGACACAAAAGCAACACAGCAUCAUCAAAUGUGAUUUAAAGCUCUGGAAAUAGCAAGCAAGUGAACCUUAUUUUUUGUAAAACACGACUCUUAAGACAACUGGUUUCUUUGAAGUAAAGCUUCUGUGAACAGCUGGUCUUUGGCCAGUAAAAUUGCUGAUAAAAUGUCCUUGUGCAGUCACACACAUUAUGAAAAAAUAUUUUGCAGAGACGGAUUUCAGGGAUUCAAGGCCAGUCAGAUAAAGAGGGCACACACGGGUUUCCGGUUAUUAUUAGACAAAGACUUUUUGUUUAGUGGGAAAACAGGUGUGUGUUUUAUGUGAGAUAUGGUUAUAGGUUACAAAUGAAGGUUUUCAGCCACAGAUAAUACAAAUAUAAGGAGAUGUUAUUUUUCAUAGUGUGAUACAUUUUGCUUAUUUGAUGUAGCCAAUUAUCCACAUUCUACAGUAAUGUAAUAAUAUGAUAGGGAUUUUGUGAGGGGAAAAUCUCAAAGUGACCACAAAAUAUGUUAUAACUACACAAUGGAGUGUGAUAAACUUUUACCACAGAAUCCAGGACUAAACAAAACUUUUCCAUUUUCUGUGCUUUGUAUUAAUAAUGCACAUGUACAGCAUGUGCCAGUGUCUGACGUCUAGACCUGAGCUCAAGCUAAAAGUCAACUAAACCAUCCAAAAGCAACUCAGCAGAGCACAAGAGAAGAAAAUUAAACAGGCAGACACUUUCUCUUGAUACUGUGUGAAACAGCUACAGAAACAGAUAAUGCAAUAUCCCAACCGUCAAGGCCAUUUUCUGCUAUCUGCCAUUUGUGUGUUGGCAACAAAAAGCUUUUGCUUGCAGACUUCACUCAGACCCAGAUAGCUGCAGAGCCAAACAAAUAUUCUGUAUGUGAGAAUAAGGAAAGUCACAGAAGAGAAACAGUUUUCUGAAGCUGACUGGGACUGGAAGGUCUUUUGUGUCAAGUGGAUGCUGUUCACUGCAGUCAUGGUGUCCCGUGCUCUGCUCAUCCUGGGUCCUUUGUGGAUCCACAGUCUGAUUCAAGCCUGCAGGGGAGAGGAGCUGUCCAGGGAGGCGGUGUUGUCCUGGUUCAGAGAGCAGGUUCUGGAGGGCCUCGGGCUGGAAGAGCCUCCUGUGGUCGCGGUGGAGGGUCCUGAUGUGGACACAGGAGCAAGGCACAUGCAUCGGAGGACCAGCAGGACAACGUGGGUCAACCAUCGAACCAGUCCAAGGCAGGAAACAACGCAAAUUAUUCUCUUUCCCAGUUCUGACUCAUCUUGUGCCAGAUCUGACUCAGUUCCUGAAGAAACCACUGAAAGCCACUUCACGUACUACUUCCAGCCCUCCAUGAACAACCAGGAGACCCUGGUCACAUCUGCCCACUUCUGGUUCUACACAGGUGAAGGAUCCACAGCCAACACCUCUGCCCCGCUGUUCAUUCUCACUUCAGUGCAGCAGCUUCUUCAGGCAGCAGAGGCUCCAUCAAAGACGAGCUCAGACGGAUGGACCACCUACCACCUGGAUCAGAGCCUGCUGGCCUCUGUGGCAGAGGGCCCUUUUCUACUUCAGGUUCGCUGUCCGACCUGUCAGUGCCACGGCAACGAAGCAGACAAGAUGCCUUUUCUUCACCUGCACGCUCAGCCACGUGGUCCGGUCCGUUCACCCCGUCACGCACCAGUAACCAUUCCCUGGUCUCCUUCUGUCAUCGACCUCCUACAGAGGCCCUCUCAGGAGAGACCACAGCACAGCAACUGCCACCGAGCAGAGAUUGAAAUCAGCUUUGAGGAGCUGGGCUGGGACAACUGGAUUGUCCAUCCCAUGGCACUGACUUUCUACUACUGCCAUGGAAACUGCUCGGCCUGGGAUCGAACCUCCACGAUGCUGGGGAUCACUCAGUGCUGUGCUCCAGUCCCGGGGACCAUGAAGUCCCUGAGGAUCACAACCACAUCUGAUGGUGGAUACUCAUUCAAGUAUGAGACCUUGCCCAACAUUAUACCCGAGGAGUGUACCUGUAUCUAAACAUGAAAGUUUAAAGGGCUAGUUCACCCAAAUUACAAAAUGACAUUUCUUUUUACUCCCACUGGUAUUUAGUCAUUUUUGAUUUGUGCUUUUUUAAGGUUUUUACUAUUUUUGCAGUUAAUAUACAAAAAAAUCAACAUGCUUAACUGUCUGGAGCUCAUUUUACCACCAUUCUUGAUUCAUUUUAACCAUUUACUUUUUGCAUUGAAUUGUGGGAAAAUAUCAGCAGCACAGUACAGUAUAUUAAUAUAUUUUAUUACCUUCCUUGUGUGAACAUAAAGUAGUUAGAACCUACUUUGGUUGAGUCUGCAGAUAAUCCUGUUUCUCGCCUGUAGAGGGCAGUGUAUGCCUACUUUGGACAUUCGCACCUUCUCAUACAGUCUUACCUCUGUUGUUAACUGAUAAUGUUAUGUGUAUUAAAUCACUGAUUAAAACAUGGAACUCGGUUGUGUUGUGUAAAUGAAACAAACUAUGACUGUGGGGGAGUAGUUCACUUUGCCGCAGGUCAGUUUUUACUGUGUUAAUUCUGAUCUAAUGCUAAACAAAUUCUGCAAAAUUUCCUGAUUCAUAUCUUGUAUCCUAUUUGGACAUUUGGAAAAUUAUCAGGUAACUUUUCAAUUUAACAAAAGUGGGGAAUAUUCUAUUCUCUAUAUAUGCAACAACUUUAUUACCAAAAAGAUUUAAGUCUGACUAUGAAACCCUCUUGUUCAAAUAUAUUUAUUUACUCUGAAGACAAAAUAAUCUCUACAGUUACAAAAACUACAAAACUUGCAAUAGAAAAAAAAAGUAUGAACCAUUGAAGUACCAUAUUCAAGACGAAAUGUCGUACCUUGCAAUAAGUAGCAAAACUGGAAUGAUUACAAGAAUACAGCAUCAAACAGCUCUCAGCAAUCUGUAGUUUCAUUUUUCCAGCCACAGAUCAUAAAAACCAACUGACAGGCUAUGAAAAACUAUGACCUCUGUAUGAACACUGAAAACUAUUGAUCAAAAGUCUCAGGAUUAAUUGCAGAUUAUGUGUUUACAUGGCACCAGGCACUGUGUCAGCAGCCAACCAUCAUCCUCACUUCAGCUGGGUUGUGUGUUUUUUUUCCAUGAUGCAAGAAAGCAUCCAUGUUUCAGCACAAAGGAGGAGUAGUGGUGCAUGUCAAGAAUGGAAAAUAUGUCUCACCAAAGAAGAAUGUAAAUUUCAAAAGACAAGGAUGGAGUUUCAUUGUUGACAGUAGCCUAGAAGACAGAUGUUUCCAGCUGGUUAGCAAAAAAAAAAAAUCCAUAAAAAGUGAAAUUAUUUUUUAACUUUCUGCAAUGACGAACAUUGUGAAUCAUUAUUAUAGUACAUAAUUUAGGGAAGAACAGGAUUACCAACAUCCAAGUGCCUACCUCUCAGCAGUCAUGUGAAACAGGUGGAAUGCCAACAUUUCCUUCUAGACAAGGGUAACUAAUCUAGAGCUUUGGUCAAGUCAUAGUAAAAAAAAAAAAAAAAAAAAAAAAAAAAA